GCCGACCGUUCGCCAAGCGACGACGUGUCGCUCCCGUCGCGAAGCUGCGCUAAUUUUACACGCCACUUAUUUCCACACCGCUCUCCUAACCAUUGACCCACUGACAGUGAAUUGUGUUCUUGCAGCGAGUGUGAGUUACUCUCCUGUCAGCGACCUCCCAGCUGUGAAAACCGUGAAUCAAAUGCAAAAUAUGUCCGCUUUAUGAUAUAGAAAUUCACAUUAGUGCUAAGUUCAGUGUCUAAAGAUAAGUUUUGAUAUAAUUAUAGUCUGUUUAUAAAAUUUUUAUGCGUGGAUAUUAACCACAAGCAAACAAAAAGUGCGCGGGCGAUAGUGUCGUAAAUAGAAAAAUGCGCUGGUAAUAACAGACGCAUCCUGUCGUGUUUAUUGUCGCGAGUUUUGUUAUUACGUCGAUAUGUCGUCGAGGACUGGUCAGCGUGGGACGUCGGUGGCGACCAGUCAAAGGAAGCACCGGUCGAGGUCUACCCCUAGGUAUGAUUUGGAGAAGAAACCGAAGAAGAAAGAUCUGAAGACAGCCGGUGCGACCAGCCUCGUGUCGAUCCCCAACAGCAUAAAAUUGACUAUGCUGAACAGCGGCCUCAUAUCUUUUGACCGAGUGACGUUUAGACCUGAGACUGACGAGAACGGGUCUAUAUCCGAGACGAUACCGGAUCGGCCAGUCGAGUUAAAGAACUUUCCAAAACUCUGCGAGCAGCGGAGAAAAUUUCCUGUCCUAUACAAGCUCGAGUUUCAGACAGCAAUCAAGGUAGAACCGCACGCAUGUCGUCACGCACAGAAGAAGACCAAUCUACACAAGAAUCAGAAUCAAAAAGUAACUCCAUAUGACUACAACAGAGUGGUGCUGCAAACGGUCGACAGAGAACCCGACUCGGAUUACAUAAAUGCUUCCUAUAUAGAUAGUAUAUUAAAGCCGAACGCGUACAUAGUGACUCAGGGGCCAACAGAAGAAACGGUGGUCUCAUUCUGGCGUAUGAUCUGGCAGGAACGGGCAGCCGCUAUCGUCAUGCUCACCAAGACCUUCGAUUUUAUCAAGGUCAUGUGCGUUCAAUAUUGGCCACCAAACAAGGAAAAAGAUGAAACAUAUGGAGACAUCAGCGUCGGUAUAGUCCAAGAAGAGGAACUGGCCAAUUUCCACAUUCGCACCUUCCGGCUUUACAAAACAGAGAAAGAUGUGGUUGUAGAAGAGAGAUUUCUUCUUCAGUUCCACUACACUCAGUGGCACUCACAUACCUGUCCGUUCAGUAACGCACUGCUGGAAUUUAGACGGCGGGUUAGAGCAGUAGUGGGAAGAAGACUGGCUCCCAAUUCCGCUACUGGGCCUAUGGUAGUACAUUGCAAUGACGGCGGUGGUCGAUCAGGUGUCUACUUAGCAAUUGAUGCCAAUUUAGAGUUAGCUGAAGAAGAAGACUGCUUUGAUGUUUUCGGAUAUUUAAAGAAGUUGAGACAGUCAAGAAAAGGCCUUAUUGAAAACGAGGAACAGUAUAAGUUCGUCUAUGACACGUUAGAGGAACACGUUGUAUGCGGAGUAUCCUGGUUUCCUGUAUCUGAACUAUCACAAAGACUGAAACAGAAAUCCCAAAGGGAUCCAGUGACGAAACUUAAUGAAUACCAGAAAGAAUAUCAGCAGAUUUGCAAACAGACACCCCGUUUCACUAUAGGAGACUGUGCUGGAGGCCACAGGGGUGAUAAUAGAGAGAAAAAUAGGGACGUUCUGGUCGUGCCACCGGAUAACUUUCGUCCAUAUCUGACGUCCUUCCAAGGCAACAGCUUCACAGAUUACAUUAAUGCUGUGUUCGUGGAUGGUUACACCAAACCUCGAGAGUAUAUAGUGACCGAAUGGCCGUUAAUAAGGACACAGGGAGAGUUUUGGUCUCUAGUCUAUGAUUACGAGUGCGCCGCGGUUGUGGUUUUAUGUGUACCACCUAAGAAUUCUCAACAAUACCCUCCUUUCUGGCCAGAGGGGCGGCACUCUAAGAAAUACGGUCCAGUGUUCACAAUAGACCACGUUUCGCAUAAUCAUUACACCAAUAUCAAGACUUGGAUAUUUAGAAUUAACAAGAAAAUUGUAUCGCUGACGGAAUUGAUGGCUGGAGUAAAAGCGCCUCCUAAGACUGUCCAACUCUUCCAACUGACCUGCUGGCCAAUGGGCCAUAAAGUUCCUUCAUCCACCAACUCACUCGUGGAAUUGAUGAAUAUGGUCGAAAGGUGGCGGCAACGAACCGACUACGGACCAGUUUGCGUUGUUUCACCUGAUGGACGCAGUCGUGCAGGGGUCUACUGUGCAGCCAACGCCUGUAUAGAACAAGUGAUACAGCACGGCGAAGUUGACGUUUUUCAGGCUGUAAAAACUGUGCGACGCCAUCGGCCACAGCUUGUCGAGAACAUGACUGAAUAUAAAUACUGCUACGAUUUAGUACUUCAUUACGUGCUGCAUUAUUUAAAUAAGGAUAUGAAUGAAAAGAAGUGAGAGUGCGAACUCAAGGACGAGCUCUGGUUCAUUGAAUUCGGGCGCGGCGCUGCUUUACCCA